GAGGUCGCCAUGCUGGAGCUGCACACGGUUUGGGCUGACAUUGAGGCGACCAAUGAACCAAGGAUUCUCAACAAUCAUCAAGUGGGUGCUAGCUUCAGUUGUUUUUUUUUACUUAUAUAUUCUUAAGAGACUUUAAAUCUUGAGUUUAGUUUGUCUUUGCUUCCUUGUAUUGCACUUACACACUCACCAAAUGUCAUGGUCAGUCAAGACGGUGCUUAUGAUGAAACGCAUGCGCCAAAUGGGGCGCUGACUAGGGACAGAGCCAACCUGGGCACUGGCUAGGGACAGAGCCAAUCUUGGUACUGGCUAGGGACAGAGCCAACCUGGGCACUGGCUAGGGACAGAGCCAAUCUUGGUACUGGCUAGGGACAGAGCCAACCUGGGCACUGGCUAGGGACAGAGCCAACCUUGGUACUGGCUAGGGACAGAGCCAACCUUGGUACUGGCUAGGGACAGAGCCAACCUUGGUACUGGCUAGGGACAGAGCCAACCUUGGUACUGGCUAGGGACAGAGCCAACCUUGGUACUGGCUAGGGACAGAGCCAACCUUGGUACUGGCUAGGGACAGAGCCAACCUUGGUACUGGCUAGGGACAGAGCCAACCUUGGUACUGGCUAAGGACAGAGCCAACCUUGGUACUGGCUAGGGACAGAGCCAACCUUGGUACUAGCUAGGGACAUAGCCAAUCUUGGUACUGGCUAGGAACAGAGCCAACCUGGGCACUGGCUAGGGACAGAGCCAACCCGGGUACUGGCUAGGGACAUAGCCAACCCGGGUACUGGCUAGGGACAGAGCCAACCUUGGUACUGGCUAGGGACAGAGCCAACCUUGGUACUGGCUAGGGACAGAGCCAACCUUGGUACUAGCUAGGGACAGAGCCAACCUGGGCACUGGCUACGUACACCAAAUGUUUAAGCAUAUUAACUGUGUGCACCUUCAUUCCUAAAAUCACUUGCAUAGGUACGAGAGCUAUGGAGGAACAGGGGAAAACUUUGACCAGGGAAGCCAGAUGCUGUUAAGAUGUCACUGUCAACUGUCGUCAGUUCAGCUUUGCGAACAUAACCUAAGAACUAGUUUGACUAUAGACACAGUAUUUCAUUCACGUCAUGCCCAUUUGUUGUGUACGUGUUCUCCAGUUCUUCGACGUGCAGCCCAAGGACCUGUUGGCCAAAAAGCUGAAGGUAGUUCUAGUUUACAGAAACCCCAAGGACGUGGCAGUGUCGUACUUCCAUCACGUCAAGAGGAUGGAACACUUCUACUCGUAUGAAGGGGAUUUCAACGCCUUUCUGAAAAGGUGUUGUAAAAGUAACAAUUUGAUGAAUCCUCUUCCCCCGCCCCCCACCCCACCACACGGGUCGACGCCCUAAAACUUGACCUUCACCCUUUCACCACGAAGUUGACGAAGCCCAGGAAAAUACUAGAGAAUGACAUAACCCUUUUUUUUUUUAAAGGUAAAAGUGUUACUUGUAUUAAAGCGAAGACGGUUUACUCUUGGGCGGUUUACUCUUUGGACGGUUUACUCUUGGGGCGGUUUACUCUUAGGACGGUUUACUCUUGGGACGGUUUACUCUUAGGACGGUUUGCUCUUAGGACGGUUUACUCGUAGGACGAUUGGUGACGUUUUUGUUUAAGCCUUUUACCACGGCUCGAGGCAUUGGUCGUCUACAGUUCUGUGCUUUGUCUCUCCAGUCGCCUCCAGGUGUCUCUCUCGUACUUAGUGUGUCUGCCUCAAACUCUAUUCUCUGUGUAUCCCAUACAUUGUCUGCCUCUAAGACAUACUUUGUGUUUCUGCCAUCCUUUGUGUGUCCGCCCUACUUUUUGUGUCUGCCUCUAGCUCUAGUACCCAAGUAUGUUAUGCUUUGUUUACCUCAAACACUAGUAUCCGCGUACUCUUUUGCGGUCAUCUCUUUCGUUUUUUACGGAAGUUACCAUGAUAGGUAUUGCCUGGCCAUGUUUGCAAGGGGUUCAAGAAAAUUUUGUCCUAUCCACCAUUUUUGCUUUGUGAAUUCUUCAACAAUAGAUAGAGCCUAUGUCUGAAGCCAAUGGUCAAAGCACUGGAGCCUAAAUUAUUGCUGAAGACAAUCGUCGAAAGAACUCUAAAAGAUUCUGACUCAUAUUUCAGAUUCGCUGAGGGUAAUUUGGACAAUAACUCAAUGUUUGAUUACCUCAAAGGCUGGGAGCAAGGGAUCAGAGACAACCCAAGCUUAGACGUUCUCGUAUUGAGCUAUGAUGAACUGAGGGUAUGUGUUUGCAUUGGUGUGUGCAAUAGGCAUUGUAAGUUAUCGGAGAGGUGGGAUGUUGAAUCACUUCUAUGUAGGACCUUAAUAUGAUUCAUAUAUAUUGUAAAGGGAUUAAUUUAGUUAGGUUGAAUGUGUGUCUUUGAGAGCCAAACUCUUAAGCAUGUCAAUCAUCUGGUACUCUAUUGAUAAUCAAACUUUUUACUGACAGUCGAAGUUAUGAGAGACAUCUCGUGGACAGUAAAAGCAGAAAUCACAACCAUUAAUAAAUUAUCAGGUCGAAGCCUAAAAUUAAUCUAGGGAAGUGGAUGCUAUGCGUCCAGGAGGCAAUGGUUUUUAUUCGUUCACUAGCAGCAAGUUUCUUGAUAACAGUACUGGCUCUAUUCUAAUAGGAAAAUGUAUUCAAUAUCAGGAGUUCAGCAAUAACAGACUCACAAUUCGCUUCAGCAGUGUUUGUUUUUGAGUUUUGGAAUUCCUGGUCCAUACACGUUUGGUCACGUGAGAAAGUAAGACACCACCCAUGGCUGUGUCUGCUCCUUGAUGGUCUAGGCUUCUAGGGGAUGCACACUCAAACGUUUUUAAAUAAACUUUAUUACAAAUCACACGACGAGUUUCUCCAAAGGACGACUCCUUUUUUGUUAUUAGACAUAAGUUACAACGAACAAAUAAGUUGGAGGCCUACAACAGUCAUGUAUUUAAAUUACCACCAGUUAUCCUAUACUAUAUUUAAAGACGAAUCAAAAGGCCUAAUGAUAAUGACGCGGUGUCUCUGCCUUAUCAUCAUUGCCCCCAAAGACUCCUUAAUAACAAAAGACGUCUUUUUGGUACACUUAAAAUUAAGUAAUACCCACAACAUGCUAGAGCGCAAAUAAUUGUCAGACACCAUACCCGAUAAUAAAGCCUAAAAUCAAACCAAUACAUAGGCGUAACGUCUUUCAUGCCCUUCCAAUGGGGACAGCCAUCGUUUAAGAAAAGUCCGGUAAAUUCUUGUGAUCUCAUCUCGGUCUAUCAAACAAUAGCACGAUCCACUGCCGCACUUGAGAGCUCUGGCCAAGUUUCUUGGAAAAGACUGGGGCGACUCAUUCCUGGAAACCGUGCUAAAUAACACAGACAUCGAAAUCAUGCAGAAACUCAAAGGACUGUGGAUAUCCGAUGACGACGGUGUGGUUAUGCACCGUAAAGGUUUGUCUAUUUUAGUUUAGAUUAGUUUAGAUUAUUUUAUAUCAUAUUUUGUCAUAUUUUUUCCAUUGUAUUUCUGUAUAUAUAUUUUUUUUUAAUUACCUUCAAUUUAAACUCAUCAAAUUAUUAAGAGUAUUUGUGAACGACAGGAGUUGAGGAAAAAACAAACAAUAAUUUCUAGUGUUUAAUUACAAAUAGUUAAGAAAGUGAUGGAAAGCUAAGAGGCCUUCAUCGCGAGAACUCGCUGAACGAACAGACCUGCAAAUGAAACAAGCGACAACAAGGGCCAUAAUGUGUAUAGUACAUCCCACCUAAAGUUUAAAACUGUGUUAUCGUUCCUUACAAAUGAGCUCGGGGGGUCCCGUUAUUGUGUAUGCCGUGCCAUGAUCAUGGUAAAAAUACGUGCAUGAGAACAGAAUGUCGACGCCGGUGGUGUCAUGACCUAUAUGCACCGACGGGGUACUCGUAAUCCUGUUUUAUAGGAGAACUGCAAUAAUGUCAUAUGAACGUUGUUUGUCCUUUCCUAUCUGCAGGGGCGGACAUUCGGGUCCAAUUGUACCGACCCCCCCUCCCAACCCCUUAUCAAAAGCCACAACAAACCAGCCUUGUACCCGCACCACUGUGAAAAUAGUUAGUGGUAAACAGCAAUGAAACAUAAGGGUCUUCAUGUUUGACCUGCGCAGUAAGACUUCCGCUCCAGCGGGUCUCAUGUAAGUAGGGGCCCAUGGGGUUCCUCACCAAAUGUUCUCUACGGGCUUUUUUUUUUUUUUUUUGAAAUUCGGACAGCUCUGUGAGACACAUAUGGGUGUCGGUAAGAAAAAUAAAAUAAUUCUAGUCUCACUUUGGUUCAUAUCUGCUGAGUCCAUCUUAAAUAUGGGGAAACGGUGGUGGAGGAGCUGGUGGAGCAAGUGACGACGCAGGCGAUUGUGGUCAGAGAAGACAAGGGAAAUCCCCCACUCGAUCCCUUUAUGAACUGUAAUUGUAGUGGUCGUCCUUGCUCUUGGAUUGGGUUUUGCGUCAGACGCCAGGAUGCCGUGGGUUGAGGAAAAAAAAAGGGGGGUUGGGGCCUGUACGAAAAUCGCUUAACUGCGCCUAAAUGUCUUCCCCAUUUACCAAGUCAAUCAUUUUGUUGCUCCUUCGAAGAUUGAUUACUUCACAAAUGUUACAACAUUUCUCCUCCCUAGGCCAUGUUGGGGACUGGAAGAACCACUUCACUGUGGCCCAGAACGAGUGGUUUGAUCAAAUCAUCAAUGAUGCAAUGAAGGACUCCAAACUUUUUACAUUCAAAUAUACUCUCUAAAACAAUUUUUAAGUGUAAUCAAAAAUAUUUAAUUUACCUCAGAC